GCGUUCAGGAUAGAAAAAGCUAGCAUAUAAACCCCAAAGCACAGAUUCGUUAGAAUAAAUAUUAUGAUUUAUCGUCUGUUGAUUUUGUUGGCCACUUCAGUGAGCCAACAAGUGUCAUUGACGCGCGUUCCGAGUUUUUGCAGCUCAAAGUUAUAAAUUAAAAAGUGAAGUUUUUGUGAGUGUAUUGUGUUUAAACAAUGCCUGGUAUUAACGUCGGCAUGAUAGAGGAGCUGCCAGCCGGUAGCCCUCUUGAGGUGCCUUUGCACCCGCCUAAGCGACGCAGAUAUGUACCGGAAGCUGCUGUUCCCAGUACAUCAGGUAUCUGGUCAUCAACGCCUACCGACGACGCAGGCGUCGUCAUGAACAGUGACGUCGCGGAAGGUAGCGUGGCGGGAGGCAACCUAAUACAGGAGCAGAGCGUGGCUCAUACAUGUGAUGACCCUCCUUCACCGAGCGUGUUUGUGGAAUGUAGUACAUCAAUUACGCCACGUGCGCGGGGAAUGUAUGGUCCUCAUCGUCGGCUACAGGAUAAUGAGAUUGAGGACUUCCUCAACUAUGGAAGUGAAGAGGAGGAGGAUGGCGCCGACAAUGAGGUCAUGAUUCCCCGCACACUGCAAAUGUUCUUUGAACCCGAAGAAGAUACUAACGAAGAGGCUGAAGCGGCCGGGCGCAUUGAUGUGGAGCAGUUGUCCACCUUGGUCCCUGGGGUAGCAAAUGGACCUUCUUCACUGUACGAUUUUACUUGGAGGAGCUACCCCACGGAACCUAUUUCACCUGCCGAGCGCCGCGAAAAGUUUGUUGGUGACAGUGGCCCCACGAUUGAACGGACCACAGAUCCUUAUGAGAUAUUCACAAGGAUUUGGGACCAUUCAAUCAUGGGGCACAUUGUCACCCAAACUAAUUUAUACGCACAGGAGUAUGCCUCCCAUUUACUUGAUACGGGGUUGAUGGGCCCCCAUAGUCGCAUCACUAGGUGGAAAGACGUCACGUUAGACGAGCUUUACGUCUAUUUUGCCAUAGUGUUGGCUAUGGGGGUCCUUGUCAAAUCAAAAAUGGAAGAAUACUGGUGCCGCGAUGGCAAUAUUUUCAGCACACCACAUUUUGCCGCAUAUAUGCCUCUUUUUAGGUUCCAGCUUAUUAAUAGAUGUUUACACUUUAAUGAUAAUAGACUUCUUAUGCCAGAUUUAUUACCUAAAGAGGCUAAACUAUUUAAAAUCAAACCAAUAGUUACCCAUUUAAAUUCAGCAUUUUCUAAAUUGUUUAAUCUUUACCAAAACGUUGCACUCGACGAGUCACUGACGCAGUGGAAGGGCUGGUUAAACAUAAAACAGUACAUACCAAACAAAAAGUCCGCAGUUGGAAUCAAAACAUACGAAGUAUGUGACUCCCGCACAGGAUAUCUGUGGCGGUUUGAAGUCCAUACGGGUGCUGAAAGUCCAUCCACGGAGAACGAUAGAAUAAUUGUGGGGAGUAUACCAAAUUUAGUUCUUCGACUGUUGGACGGCCUUGAACACAGUGGUCGUACCAUAUGGAUGGACAACUAUUAUAACUCCCCUUCUUUAGCCCGCGUCUUAAAAACGCUUGGUCUCGACUGCGUCGGGACUUUGCGGACCAACCGACAAUUUGUCCCAAAUGAAAUUGUCGCUUUAAAGCAGGGGAACAUGAGAGUAGGACAGGUGUGCGGCUGCACAUCCGGAGACGUCGACCUGAUGGUGUGGCGAGAUCAGAACAAGGUUGCUAUGAUUUCGACAUACCAUGGGGUCGCAGUCUCUGAUGGUAAGCCCACAAUUGUCAAAGAUUAUAAUAUCUGUAUGGGGGGCGUAGAUCGUAAAGACCAGAUGUUAUCUACGUAUCCUGUAGAGAGAAAACGUACUAUGGUAUGGUACAAAAAAUUCUUCAAAAGGCUUCUGAAUGUGAGCGUUCUAAACGCUUACAUUAUCAGCAAGUGUUUUGAUGAAUCAGUCGAUCACAGAGACUUCAGAACCGAUUUAAUUAAGGCUAUAUUACAAAAACAUAGCCAGCCUUUGCAGUCCGUCAGUGUCGCUCCGCUGCUAUCUCUCGCUGGGCCAAAACUAUCGCCUGAGGUGAUAGCGCACUUUCCAACAUGGCUCCCAACUCUGCCGAAUGGAUUUGGUAGACAAAAGCGUCAGUGUGCUGUUUGCAAAAAGCGUACUUACCAGUUUUGCAAACAGUGCAACGUUGCUUUAUGUUUUGACCCAGAGCGAGAUUGCUGCUACAUACAGUACCAUUCUUAAACGAACAGACUGACUGACUGACACAGCCUCCCCAAGUUAGAAUCGAGACAGACUGACUGACAAAUCGUAACAUACCGUAUAGUUUUUAUUUGACGUUUCUGUGUGCUUUUUGUAAAAACCAAAAGAAAUAAAUGACUUUGAGUUUGAGUUAUAGUUUGGCAGAAAAGUGACUGUGAUAUACGGGUGGACAACUGUAUCCGUAAGUACAAUACACUACCAAGUAAUGUGCCUGAAUUAUCAGCAAAAAUUGUGCCAUGAGGCUUACUAUAGCAUUAAAGAGUUUUUCAAUGACAAGGCUGCUUGGCAGUGAAUGAAUUGCUCAUCGUCUUAAGCAUAAAAA